AUGUACCCACGCCAGCUCAGGACCUCCACAUCUAGCGUCUUCACCUUCUCUGGUAUGGACUACAUCUCUCAGAACAUACGAGAUCAGAUCUCAGAGCUGCUGAAGCCUCACAGAGUCUGUCUGGUGACGCCUGUCGUUCUGAACCACUCCAGUCAGCCAUGUGGGAGGUCGGCCAACAGGUUUGUGGUGCUGAGUCUAUGGAGAGGUUACCUGGUUAUAAACAAGCAACCUGUCAGGGUGGAGAGCACUUUCAGCUACUUGGAGAUCUGCUCCAUCAACAUUCACAGUCUCACACAGAUUGUGUUGGAGACAGACAGACACACUCUGUCUUUCAGUGUAUUGCAUGUUGAGGAUCUUGAGGCCAUGAUCAGUCACAUGACCGCCUCACUGAAGAGGGUCUUUCCUGAUUCAUCUCCAGGAAAGCUGUUAAAGAUGAUUCCUCCAGAUCUCCAGCAGAGACUCCUCACACUUACUGGUGUGAUAGAAGAGCAGCUGGAUAGUCAACCUGGCUCCUGUGGAGGAUUCUCUGAUACCUAUGCUGCUCUGUGUGAUUUCAAUGAAAUGCCAUUCAGAGAGGAGAUUCAGUGGGAUGUUGACAAUAUCUACUACAUUAACAACUGGAGAGAGUUCAAUCUGCUGGACUUCAGCCACCUAGACAGCAGGGACUUGGCAUUAGCAGUAGCAGCUCUGUCUUUCAACCAGUGGUUCACCAAGAUCUACUGCAAAGAACUCAAACUGUCCAUAGACAUCCAGCAGCAGCUGACUUUCUUGCUGUCCAGAUCUCCCAGUCUGAAGGAGCUCUCACUAGAGGCCAGUGGACUCAAACUGGACUUUGCACUCAAAAUGGCAGCUGCCCUGCGGGAGCAUGAAUCCUCCACCCUGCAAUCCAUCAACCUCUCAGGCAAUCCAAUCGAAGACAAAGGUGUCACAGCUCUCAGUCAAGAGUUGGGGAAUUUAGGUGAAGGACUCAAGCACCUUUCUCUGUCCCGGGUAUCCAUGACUGCAAGAGGUCUGGGCUGUCUGAGUCAGGUGUUAUCCUCCUCUCAUCUGUUCUCAGCAUCUCUGACCCACCUCGACCUGUCAGAUAACCCCGGCAGUCUGGUAACUGAGGAGGCCACGUUUCUCUUCAAGUUCUUGUCCAGCACUAACUCUCUGUCUCAUCUGGACCUCAGUGAUACCAACUGCCCUCUGGACACGUUAUUUGUGUCCCUGUCUGCUGGAUGUUGUUACAAACUGCUGCACCUGAACCUGGCCAGGAAUCCUUUCAGCCACAGAAAGGUGCGGGAGGUGACCAGGAGCAUUCGAGAGUUCUUCAGUCAGAGCUGUGAGCUAAAAUAUGUGGGCCUGUCUGCAACCAAACUACCUCCACAAGCUCUCAGGUUAUUACUACAGGGUCUGGCAACCAACACUCGUCUCUUUGGGCUGGAGUUGGACAUCAGUAGCUGUGAGUUACGUUCAGCAGGAGCUCAGGUGAUACAGGAGCACAUCUCUGAAGCUACAUCUAUCAGAAGUCUGGAUAUCUCUGACAAUGGUUUUGAGAAUGACAUGGUGACUUUGGUUCUGUCUGUUGGUCGAUGUCACUCUCUACGACACCUCGCACUGGGAAGAAACUUUGCCAUGAAGUCCAGAGCUCUCACUGAUGUUCUUCAUCGUAUAGCUCAGCUCAUUCAGGAUGAAGAGUGUCCCUUGCAGUCUCUAUCAGUGUGCGACUCCAAGCUGAAGACAGGGAUGCACAUCCUGCUGAGCGCGCUGGGCGGCCACGCUGCUCUGGCUGAAGUGGACAUCAGUGGAAACAACAUCGGAGACACUGGAGCCAAAAUGCUGGCUAAAGCCCUGAUGAGUAAUACCACACUGAGGAAUUUAGCAUGGGACAGAAACAAUGUAACUGCCAGAGGUUUCCAGGAUGUGGCUGAUGCCUUGGAGAGGAAUUUCACUCUGCAGCAGGUGUCUCUCCCUCUCGCUGAUAUCACACAGAGUUACCGCAGCAACCCUGACAGAACAAAAGAGGCUCUGCACAAGAUUCAGCAGUGUUUAGACAGAAACAACCAGAGACAGUCUGAAAGAGCGGAACUUCAGCAAGUUUUUAAAGUACAACAAUCUGAGAAGCAGGUCAAGGGUAUGUGUCGGCAGUUGGAGGACCGCCUUCAGCGUUUAAACCACUGCAACAUUCAGGAGGUCCAGGCCGACAUCCUGGCAGCACACGAGGCACUGCACAACGCCAGGGAGUCCUUCAAGCUGCUUCCCUCUCUGUAUGAGGCAGGCAAGAAGUGUGCCUCAGAUGGAGACUUGGUGAAUGGCAUCCUCACUGACACUGCAACUGUGCUGACGAAUGAGUUCAACAGAAGCAUACAGGAGUUGGCUGAAGGCCUGAUGAGGUGUGCAGAGGCAGCGUGUCCACGGGUGGUCCAGCGGUCAAGUGUGUGCGAGUGUCUGUCAGAGUGUGUGUCCAAAAGAAGCAGACAGACACACACAUUCUUGAGAAACAGUCUGGUGGAGAACACAGGGCAGAUCAUCAGCAACAGACUGCGUGAACUGAGACAAACACUGAGUGUCUCUCUGGCUGAAAGCAUCUUAGAGCAGGUACAACAGGAUCUGACCAUGGCGCAGGACAAAAUGGAUUGCCUUAUAAAAGAAAACGUAUGCACUGCUCUGAAAAUCAAUGUCCCAGAGAUUCGACUGAGUGAGAGUGACUUCCCAACUGAUGACUACAGUCCAGCAUUUUGGAGAAACAGUUUCCACUCCAAGAGCCUGAGGCCUGCCCCUUCUAUUAAGAGUCUCCUGGAUGCAGACUGGGAGCAGCAGGCCAGGGAUGGAGGAGCAGAGAGAGAGGGGGGAGGAGGCACUGGAGAGAAAGGAGGAAGAGGAAGGUGUGGCCUCCCUCAGUUGCCGACAGCAACCCCCUUGUCAGUCAGGUUUUCAAGCCCCUCCCCUUCCCCGUCCCCCUCCCCCCCAGGACUGAGGGGGAGGAGGCGGAGGGAGGGGGAGGUGGCAGCAGUGGAUGCUGCAGCAGCAAUACCAGGAGCGAGAGGAGCAUCGUUCAUUCCUCCUCCCAGUCUCCCCCUCCUUUCCUCCAUCUCCGCUCGAGCUCCAGAGGAGGAGGCUGCCGGCCGCGGAGGCUCACCCAGACGACAGGCUCCCUUCCCCGGCUGCGGCCCCAGCCUAGGCCCCCUCCCCGGCUCUGGAUCCCCCGCUUCUCCCAUGGAGCCUCUACCCACCCAGGGACAGACUCUAAGGCAUUACACCGCCUCCCGACCACGGCCGCGACGCACACAUACACAGCCCCCCUCCUCCAGGCCUCAGGAGCCAGUUUCAAAGGUAGAAAAUGAGGCCAGUGAGGGGAUGGGCAGAGUGGAUGAAGGAGUAGAGGAAUUCUUCACCAAGAAAAUUAUCCCUGACUAUGCACUAAAAGGCCGGUGGGAGGAGUCAAUCCCUGCCCAAGCCACUCCCUCAGAGUCAAGCUCCACCCCCUCAGCCUCAACCCCCUUUUCCUCUUCGUCUGAAAAUAUCACCUCCUCUACCACCACCGCUGUCACCUCCCCCUCUGUCCCAUCUACUGACACAUCCUUUACAUCCACUGAUGUUCCACCCCUCUCUACAUCCUCCACUUCCCCCACCCCCUCUUCUGUCACCACCACCACACUUCCCACCAAAAACAUCAAGAAAAAGUUUGGCGACUUCUUUGCCUUCAAGAGAGCUCGAGCCAGCCGAGCUGCCAAGGCAGGAGGGGGUGAGGGAGGAGGAGGAGGAGAGGGGGUGAAGGUCAAAAGGACCUCCAUUGCAGACCUCAUUCGACCCCUACGCGAGGCCAAAGAAAGGGAGAGAGAGAGGGAGAGGGACAAGGAGAGAGAGAAGGGGAGAGGGGCAAGGUCAGUGGAGGAUGCUAACGUUUCUAAUGAUGCCACCACCACAGAAGGAAUCGUUGCCACCAGCCACCAUCUUGCAGGCGAUGCGAGGGGAAUGAUGGAGCCUGCCAAGACAUUAACGAUGAUGACACCUUCCAGUGAGACCACUCCCUCUUACCCCACCAUCGCCACCAGCCCUGACCUCACCACUGCCACACUUUCCAAUCUGGAGGAGGAGGCAGUUCCUGUCUUGCCAGGUCGCACCCCAAGUCCUGUGGUCACCUCCCCUCUAACUGAGCAGGAGAGGAGUGCUGCGCAGAUGCAGGAGAUGAAGUUGGGAGGGACUCCAUAUGGAGAGAGGAGACUGAAGGUGACCAAGAGGUCACUGCGAGAGGGCAAGAGCCAGAGUCUCAUACUGCUGACGGGAUUAGAGCCUGAAGACAAGGAGGACACCCACAGCAAGAAACAUGCGUCUGAGAGCUCCUCUAGUUUUGAACAGAGGCUUCAGGUGGUGCUGCACAGAAUGGGCGUGGCCAAAACUCCACCUGCCGACACCAAGACGAGCCAGAACAAAGAUGAGGAGCUGAGAAAGGCCAACUCUGAAGGUGCUAUCCUGGACAAACCUGUACCACCUCCCACAUACAUGAAGCCCAGAACCAUGUCCACUUCAUCAGCAGAUCCCAGGCAUCCUAUGAGAGCGCUGGAUCCCAUCCGACCAGAGCCUCCCCUUCACCCAAAACCUGCCCUCCCCGAGCGCCCCAUUGGCCCCCUGCCACCCAAACCUGCUAUUGCAGCCAAGCCUCCCAUCCCCACCCCGGCUUCUCCUGCAGGAGGAGGAGUUCGUCCCUCCUCUGCUCCUCCCUCCAGCAGCUCUGCAGAAAGAGUCCAGCUCCGAGCACACACUCAUGAUGGCAGGCCAGGGGAGACCACAGGACAGAUUGAAAGCCAGGAGCGGCCUUGGAGUGCAGCCUCAGCCCCGUCCUCCAGGAAAGAACUGCUUCCUCCAGGCCCAUCUCCAUGGAGGGGUCCCAGCACACAGGAUCGCUCUGAGAAAGCACAAUCAGUGACCGACGAGAGUCUUCCUAAGCCACGGCAACACCUGAAGCCCCUCCCACAACGCAGAGCUGUGUCCGUCCAUGAGGACGCUCCAGGCCUGACACAAGAGCUGAAGGCAGUGUUACAGAGGUCACCCAUCCGUUUCCGGGGCAACAGAGGGGACCUGCCCACCUGCACUGAAGAUCCAUCUAGUGGGGGGGAAGUACAAAGAGCUCAGAAGGCCACUGACACAGGGAAACAGACAACUGAGCAAAAGAAGGAGGCCACUCAGAAGGAGGAGCUGAAGGCCGAGGGGGGAAGGACCGGCUGUGAAGGGACAUUAGCUGAAACCAAGCAUCCCCCUCCAGCAGAGGAGGAAACCCCAGGCUCAGGAUGUCCCUCCUCUAAAGCUCAGGCUCAACUAGAAACAUCAGUACCCCGACUUGUCAGUCCAACUGCAGCCCUUGACAAAGCCCCUUCCAUCCUGGAGAGGCCUCCGGCACUAACCCAAACCCUGGAGAGGCCCCCUGUAACCCCCACAUCUGAGAAGAAGAGCCCCAACACAGCCUCAGCUUUGCCCCAAACUCUAGAAAAACUGCUGGUGUCCCCACCACCCCAAGAAAAGACCCCCAGCACAAUCCCAGCUACAUCUGAAUCACCAGAAAACCCCCAGUUGAGCUCUCUGUCCCACAAGAAGAAGAGCCCCGGCACAGUGCCAGCCACAGUGGAUGUGAGAAACAGCACACAGGAAAGAGGAGAGGCGGUCUCUAAACAGCACACAACGAAGGCAGAGCCAGCAGACCAAAGAACUGAGCCCCCUCUGUCUGAAUAACACACACACUGACUUACCUGAGGAGAAAAGAUGCACCUGGGAUGGAGGGGAGUUAGGGGUCUGUGACAUCAUUGAGAUCAGGAGCUGGGAGGGUAAUGAGGUCUGAAAAGAGCAUGAAUGUUGUACCCUCCUGUAGAAAACAGCUGCUGUGUCCCAAGUCAGGGGUGUGGAAAGUCUGAGAACUAAAUGCAGAGUAUGCAGCUGGUGCUAGCUGACCGCUAACAUCUGUGCAGUUGCUAUACUGGCUGUCAGAGGUGAAUAAAUACAGACUGCACAAACGGUUUUGUUGUGGUCUGAAAAUAAAUGUUCUUUUAAAUGUUGUUUUUUUUAUCUCUAUGAGUUGAGUACUGAAUUGCAGCAUCUGUUUCAGUUUGUGUGAGGCACGCAUUAUUGGUAUGAAUCUGACCGCUGGGUUGCUAUUGCGGUUGGUGCUUAUUAAACAGCAAAUGUACAGAUGUCAGCUGUGGCUAGCUAGCAACAUACCGUGUGUCUGCAGAGUGUGUCUUAGUGUGCUGACUGUCAUCUAACUGAUGUCAGAAAUAUCCAGGAAUUUUAUUAUAACUAUAUUCUCGUCUCUGUGCAGCGAUGAACUAGCACCGUAAAGCUGCAGGUGAAGCAGUAACUUUUCACUCAAGUUGAAACAUGUUGAACUCAUUUAAAGGUCCAGUGUGUAGGAUAAAGGGGAUAUAUUGGCAGAAAUGGAAUAUAAAAUAAUAGUUAUGUUUACUUUACUGUGUAUUCACCUGAAAAUAAGAAUAAUUGUGUUUUCAUUCAUUUAGAAUGAGCCAUUUUUAUAGGGAAUGCAUCCUUGUUUAUAGAGAUCGCCAUGUUGCACCGCCAUGUUUCUACAGUUAUCGUAUCCUCAUAGUAUGGUUAGUAUGAUAUCCUGCGACUCAGCGCCCCACGAAUGACAUUACAUUCUUAAUGUACAGUUAUGUAAUUACAUAAAGUUAAGAGGCAAUCAGUGUUACUGUGGUUAGGGUUAAGAGAAGAAACAUGGUGAGGACAUAACAUAAAAUGAGUUUACACAGUUCCGAACACCAGUCUCCUGGGGAAAGUCCAGUGUUUUGUGACACAUCUGCUGCCCCAACCUGCCUCCUCAUAGACUGCCUGGGACCGCUUCCUUGUUUACUAGCAUCAGCACAUUGGUCACGUGAUAGCAGCCUUCCAAAAUAUGUGGGUUAUGCACAAAUUACUGGCUCAUGUAAUAGCCCAUAACAGAAAAACUUAACACCGGCUCUUGAUAGGGCCAUUCAUGCUUUACGUUUUUGCAUUUUGGUGUUGGCCACCGUGGUUAGAAGCCCAUCUGCGCCCAGCAGCAUCAGAGAAACACUGAUUUGUAUAGUCAGCACGUUUACGUGACAUUAGAGAAAAUCAAUUUAUUCUGUUAUUCUGACUAAAACCGGACUUUUGAAAUACUUUAUUCAGUGUUUUUACCAGUAAAAAAAAAAAAAAAAGGAA